AUGCUGAUACAGGAUGUUUGGAGGAGCCAGUUAGGUUGGGACGACGAAAUUACAGAUAACUUGGCGAAUAAAUGGAACAUAUGGAUUGAGGAAUUGAAGAAAAUGUAUAAUUUCAAGAUACCACGACAAUAUUUCACAUUCGAUAGGAGUUCAAGUCAUUUGCAGCUGCACAUAUUCUGCGAUGCUUCAGAAAGAUGCUAUGCUUCAGUAGCUUAUCUGAGAAUACAAUAUGGAAAUGAAGUACAGGUCAGUUUCGUAAAUGCCAAAGCAAGAGUGUCUCCUUUAAAACCUAUGUCAAUACCAAGGUUGGAACUUCAAGGGGCAUUAAUGGGUGCACGCUUAGGUAACUAUCUAAUGAAGAAUUUAAACUUGAAUAUUUCAUCCACGACAUAUUGGACUGAUUCAAAAACAGUUCUCCAUUGGAUUCGAUCGGAAGCUGGACGUUUUAAAGUAUUUGUAGCCCAAAGACUAGGUGAAAUUCAAGAAUUAACAUGUGUAACUGACUGGAAAUAUGUUAGAUCUUCAGACAACGUUGCGGACGAAGCGACGAAAUAUGUUAUGAACUCCUCAGUAUCAGCAGAUUCUAGGUGGAUAUGUGGGCCAAAGUUUCUACUAUUGAAUUCCCAGGAAUGGCCAAGAGAAAUCGAACAUGAUUUGAAAAUUGAUUCAGACAAUUUAGAAAUGAAAAGACUGGAGUAUACUUGCAUCAACUUUUCAGCACAAGAUUUGAUCCCUGAUAUUCCUAAUCCUGAAAGAUUUUCAAAAUGGACGAGACUUCUUAGAGCUACAGCCUACAUAAUCCGAGUAAGAAACAUACUACGAGCAAAAGUUUUCAUCCGGAACGAAAUUACCGUUGAAGAGUUGUAUGAAGCUGAAAUUAUUCUUUAUCGAAAGGUACAGAUGGAAUCUUUUCUAGAAGAAUACAAGAUGUUACAACAAGGUCAAAUAAUCAAGAAAACGAGUCGCCUCUUUUCAUUGUCUUGUACGUUCAGAGAAGAGGACAAGUUGAUGAGGCUAGAUGGACGAUUGAAUAAUUCUUCAUCUUUGAAUUUCGAUACGAAACAUCCGAUAAUAUUAGACCCGAAACAUAGAAUAACUAAACUGAUAAUUCAACAUUAUCAUGAAAAUGCAUAUCAUUUUGGACAAGAAAUAGUACUCAACAAAUUACGAUGUAAAUUUUGGAUUUUACGUAUGAGACAAGCAGUGAAAAAUGUUUUCCAUAAUUGUCAGCACUGUAGCAAUAGGCGAGCCAAUCCCAUGAUACCAAUUAUGGGACAAUUACCGUUAUGCAGAAUAGAACCAACAAUCAGACCAUUCAUAAAAUGUGGAGUGGAUUAUUUUGGACCCUUUGAAGUUGCAGUGAAGAGAAGCAGAGAGAAAAGGUAUGGAGUUAUUUUCACUUGUUUAGUAACCAGGGCAGUUUACUUAGAAAUUGCUCAUGACCUCACGACUAAUGCUUUUAUAAAUGUACUCCGGCAAUUUGGUUGUAGACGUGGGUUUCCUCACGAAAUCCAUAGUGACAAUGGAUUGAACUUUAGAGGGGCUGAAAGGGAAAUUUCGCAACAUCUUGACAAUUUACAACAAAAUGAAAUAAUAGAAUUUUGUUCUUUGCGAGGAAUUAAAUGGCAUUUUAAUCCUCCACAUGCACCACAUAUGGGCGGCAUAUGGGAGCGGCAAAUUCAAAGCAUAAAGAAGAUAUUAAAGGAAAUUCUGAAUACUAGGUAUCCUCAAGAACAUAUACUCAGAACCUUCCUCAUAGAGUGCGAAAAUAUAUUGAAUUCCAGACCUCUGACACACGUUUCUUCCGAUUCUCAUGACUCUGAACCUCUGACACCAAAUCACUUCCUGAUCGGACCAGACUUUGUAGCACAACCUUGGACUGUGACUACUGACAAUCGAGAUCUUAAUCUUAUGAAUAGUUGGAGGUCAGCUCAGCGUUUGGCAGACUUCUUUUGGAAGCGAUGGCUUGAUGACUAUUUACCAACAAUAAUUAAACGGUCCAAAUGGUAUCAAGAACAGAAGAAUAUCAAAGUUGAUGACAUUGUUAUAAUUGUUGAUCCAAAUGGAACAAGAAAUGAUUGGCGAAAAGCAAGAGUAGUUAAAACGUAUCCUGCCAGAGAUGGUAGAAUUCGUAUAGUUGACGUCAAGGAUGGGAAUGGAAAGGUAUACCGAAGAGCACUGUCCAAACUCAUUGUACUUGAUCUGCAGUAG